GCCCUGGCGGAGGCUGGCGCACCCCUGCUCGGGUGAUCUGGCGCAGAACCCACGGGGUGCUUGGCGCUCGUCGGGCUCCUCCCCGUUUGCUGCGGCCUCUGAGCUCGCCGUUAUCUUGUGGCCUCCCGCAGAAUGUGGAUGACGCCCAAGAGGCUUAGGAUGGAAGUCGAUGAGGCCCUAGUGUUCCGACCCGAGUGGACCCAGCGUUACUUGGUGGUGGAGCCUGCGGAGGGCGACGGGGCCCUGUGCCUGGUGUGCCGCCGCCUGGUCGCCUCCACCCGGGAACGCGACGUGAGGCGCCACUACGAGGCCGAACACGAAUUCUACGAACGGUUCGUAGGGGACGAGGAGCGCGCGGCCCUGGUGGAGCGUCUGCGUCAGGGCGACAUGUCCGUGGCCUCCGUGCUCACCCCGGAGGAGAGAGCGACGCGGGCAGGCCUCGGCCUCUGUCGCUUCUUGGCCUUGAAGGGUCGCGGCUGGGGUGAGGGAGACUUCGUCCACCAAUGCAUGGAGGUGUUGCUGAGGGAGGUGCUGCCCGAUCACGUCGGCGUUCUGGAGGGCAUCGAUUUGUCUCCAGAGAUCACACGGCAGAGGAUUCUGAGCAUUGACAGCAACCUCCGUAGCCAGCUGUUUAACCGAGCCAGGGACUUUAAGGCCUACUCCCUUGCUUUGGAUGACCAGGCUUUUGUGGCCUAUGAGAACUACCUCCUGGUCUUCAUCCGCGGCGUCGGCCGCGACCUGGAGGUGCAGGAAGAUCUUCUGACGAUUAUCAACCUGACUCAUCACUUCAGUGUUGGGGCCCUCAUGUCGGCAAUCCUGGAGGCCUUGCAGACAGCAGGGCUCAGCUUACAGCGAAUGGUCGGACUGACCACGACCCACACUUUAAGGAUGAUUGGUGAGAACUCGGGACUGGUCUCCUACAUGAGAGAAAAGGCCGUGAGCCCCAACUGUUGGAACGUUAUCCACUAUUCGGGAUUCCUGCACUUGGAACUGUUGAGCUCUUACGAUGUGGAUAUUAAUCAGAUCAUAAAUACUAUAUCUGAAUGGGUGGUUAUGAUUAAGACCCGAGGCGUCAGACGCCCAGAGUUUCAGCCUUUACUGACCGAGUCUGAAUCGGAGCACGGUGAAAGGGUUAAUGGACGGUGCUUGAACAACUGGCUGAGAAGAGGCAAGACGUUAAAACUAAUAUUUUCACUAAGGAAAGAGAUAGAGGCCUUCCUGGUUUCCGUGGGGGCAACGACAGUCCACUUCUCGGACAAGCAGUGGCUUUGUGAUUUUGGCUUCUUGGUAGAUAUUAUGGAUUAUCUUCGAGAGAUCAGUGAAGAACUGCAAAUCAGUAAGGUCUUUGCUGCCGCCGCCUUUGACCGGAUCUGUACUUUUGAGGCUAAGCUGAGUUCCCUCCAGAGACACAUGGAAGAAGUAAACCUCGCCGACUUUCCUGCCUUCAGCAUAGUCGUCGAUGAGCUUAAGCAGCAGUUUAAGGACGAUCAAAAAAUAUUUGACCCCGACAGGUACCAAAUGGUGAUCUCCCGCCUACUGAAAGAUUUCGAGAGACAUUUCAAGGACCUGAGGUUCAUCAAAAAGGACUUGGAGCUCUUCGCAAACCCAUUUAGCUUCAAACCCGAAUACGCGCCUAUUUCGGUGAGAGUGGAGUUGACAAAGCUUCAGGGGAAUACUGACCUGUGGGACGAAUACAGAGUCAAAGACCUGGGGCAGUUUUAUGCCGGACUGUCUGGUGAAGCUUACCCAAUUAUCAAAGGGGUUGCCUAUAAGGUGGCAUCCUUGUUUGACAGUAACCAAAUCUGUGAUAAGGCUUUUUCCUAUUUAACCCGAAACCAGCAUACCCUGAGCCAGCCACUGACGGAUGAGCAUCUCCAAGCGCUCUUUCGAGUUGCUACAACUGAAAUGGAUCCUCGUUGGGAUGACCUUGUGAGAGAAAGAAAUGAUUCGUAAGCCUUUGCCGUACAACGAGAAUUCAGUUUGAAAAGGAAAAACUGAUUUUUCUUUCACACUUACACUAAUUUGGAUUGUUGGGAAGCAUUGAGCUUAUUAAUAAAAAGAUGUCCAAAUUGAUCAACGUUGACAUCUUUCUGACACGUUGCCUUUUCCACAUCUCCUUUGGCAACAUGGGACUGAAACAUAAGAACACCACCUUUUAAAAACUUCAUUUAAUGGACAUGUCAUUGCCUUUUACUUUUGUGUUAUAACGGAUUUUCAACGAGUUUAAUAUUGAUAUUGUAAGUUGAACUAGAAGUCUGAUUUUAAGAUGUUCCGGAGAUAAUAUGCCAAAAGUUUCAGCUCUUAUUUUGACACGGUGUAAAAAGUGUGAUACAUGGUUUGAAAUGACCAACUCCUUAAAGUGUAUUUGAGUCAGUUUACAGAAACAUAGCUAAUUAAGUUUCUGGAAAGGAGCGUACCACACAGUGGAGGUAUUUUGUCUAGCUAACAGAAUUUAAGAUUAUUUUUGAAAGCAUAUUUCUGAGCCUGAAGUAAAUACUGGCAGAGUUUCGGCUCCACCCCCUCCUACCCAGUUGACAGUGACAUUACAGAUGGAGGAAGUAAUCAAAACUUGGUUGGAGCAGCAAGAAAAAUUUUAAGAUUUGAUUUAGGAGGCCUCUUACUAUCAGGAAUUAAGGAUAAACACAUAUUGGAGGUUUGCUCCUUAUUUCUCACAGCUAGGGGCAGUUUUUUCAGCUGUCUAUCAAAGGACCAUGGUAAGUAUGGAAUCUUAACCAUUGCCAGUCGGUAAUUCUUUUUUCUACCCUAGAAAGAACUUUGACCCUACGAAAACAGUGAGGGGUGGGUGGGAGAGGGACCUUUAUACUUCAGGAUCAGGAGUUAUGAGAGGUUUUAGCUUAUUUGUCUUUUCUGCAUGUGUAUUAAUGUUUUAUAAAAGAAACUAUGCUUAAGGGAGACACUUUAUUUUGAAAUGACAAGUGUCAGAUUUUGUUAGCUGCUGAAAAUGGAUUUACUCUAGCACUGUCUUACACAUUGAGUAGUUAAGACAGUGCACAAGUAAUAUUUAAAUCUCAAGAAGCAGCCUUAUCCACAGACUGUAACAAUUCCUACUCCUAGAGACGUUGGUUAUCAGUUAUCAGACAUGUUAACUGUGAAAACGUCAACCUUAUGAUAAACUCAACAUUGUAAGCUGGAUGUAAAAGCAGCACCCGAUUUGUAAAUCAUCCGCAAGUACAGUUUCAACGCUGUCGUGCUACUUUCUGUCUUAAAUACUGCAGCAUAUUAUCCUGUUGCACAUUCAAGGAACCUGAUUACAACCAAGAAUUUAGAAGGAACCGAUACCUAAGCUGCACGAGCCUAAAAGCCAACCAAAUGUAGAAGAACCCUUCCUUCCACAAAGUGCUGGGAAGUGUGUCUGGGCACCUUUGUGAUUAUCUAAUUUACUGGAGGGUUCUUCUAGCGUUUGAGCUUAAAGAUUUCUCCUGUGGUUUUCAGGAUAGCCUGAUGCCAUGAAGAGUCAUCCCUCCCAAAGUGCCAGCACCCUCCCCCACCAAGUACACAUUAUCUUAUUUCAAGGGACGGGGAAAUCUCCAGUAGAAACUGAUGGCAUACUUGAUAGGGAAGCCUAAUUCCAGUUGUUUAGAGGAGAAAAGCCAGUGUCAGGUUGACAUUUUGCUUAUCCAAGAAUAAGUCUAAAUACCUGAAAAGCAGAAGGACUCUACUGGUAAUUUCCCAGUAGCUUUGUGUAUUACCGUUCACAGCAAAUCCUUCAAAUACUUUUAUUAUUUGAAAGAAUGAUCAGAAGUCCUGAAAGCCACUUCUACUUUCUAUUCGUAGUCCUCUAAAUAUUAUUAUCUUGUGCAUCCUAUCAAGUUCUCGUGUUUUGCUUAAAGCGAUAAUAAAAUUAGAUUGCAUCAUAUAGCCACUGUGUGAGUAUGGGGGAGAUAUAAAUAAGCUAAAGUUUUGUUUUUUCUUUUAAUUGACCCUCAGCAAUAGAGUUUGCUGUAACUAGCCUUGGGGGUUUUUUUUUCCUGUUUGUUUGUUUGUUUGUUUGUUUGCUUAAGACAGUGGUUCUCAACCUUGCUGAUGCUGCAACCCUUUAAUACAGUUCAUGAGGUGACCCCCAACCAUAAGAUUAUUUCAUUGCUACUUCAUAAAUGUAAUUUUGCUACUCUUAGGAAUCAUAAUGUAAAUAUCUGAUGUGCAACCCAGAGGGGUUGCGACCCACGGGUUGAGAGCCACUUGUUUAAGGUGUUUUGCCGUUUUCUGUACUAAGUGACUAGCUGCAUGGCAGUCUUUCCUUUUUAAAUAUAUAGUUGUUACUGGUCCUGUGGUAUCAGUGGAUAUAGUUAAAAUAAGUGCCAUUUAAAAGACAAACAACUCUGUGUCCUUAACUGUUCCUUCUGCAUUUCUCUCAUUCCCGCUAGUUCAAAUAUGUGCUGGCCCAGUCUCCCAUGUUGCCAGUCAAAUCACUCAAGUUCAGUAUCUGUCAGUAUUUUUCCCUGCUUGAAAUCAUCCUAGCAUUGCAGACACACCAGCUCCAGGUAUGCUCAGUCAUCACAGGCACCUCUUCCUUAAGUAUGUCUGGUUAUGUCUGUCGGUUGUUUUGUUUACUUUUUUUUUUUCUAGGCCGCCUAAUCUCUGUUGCCUCGUUUGCCUACAGUACCUCCUUAGUUGUUCUCUCUCUUUCUAUGACUUUAGUUGCCCCCUGUACGCAGAUAUUUACAAACUCUUAUCUCCUGAAGAUGUCCCCCUAAAUCCUAGUUGUUGGUAUCACUGACACUCUGCUCUCUCGCCAGCCUCCCAACACAUCUUAGCUCUUUCUCCCAAGCCUGCCCUUGCUCUCAUUGCCCUUCUGCAGAUGGCAUUACAGUUGCCCAUCAGUUGCCCUCGCCCAAGCCCCAAACUGAUCACACUGCUCCAUGGCUUUCACCACUGCUGUCAGAACAGAUAGGAUAUAAACAUGUUCAUCUUGCAGAUCUUAGUUUAUAUAUCUAAGAAGCUUCAGUGGCGCCCUCUAGGCCAGGUGCCCAACUACACUUGCUAAACACCCUUGUCCUUCCUACUUAGCAUUUCUUACUGCAAAUUGGUCAUAGCUAUACUGGAACAGAGAAGUCUAACCCAUUGUUUCAUCUCUAGUGAAUAGUUUAAAGCCUGGCAUUUGGGUAAAUGUUUGGGCAAAUAAAUGCUUGUCUGGUUAUUAUGACCUUUGAAAUCUUCACAGUCUUCAUUUGAUCUUCAUAGACAUCCUGCCUGUUCAUUGAAUAGUUCUUAGCCAUGGAUUGCAAGUUAAGAAAUGAAACUCACCUUAUUUGUGACUAGGGACCUCAUUGUUGUGUUUCUUGAAUUUAGUGCAGUGCUUAGCAUGUGAUUCAAAUAUUAUGUGAAUGUUGUUAAGAAAACAGAUUGUAAUUUACCCUAGUAAAUUAGUAGUAAUGUCAAGAUUCAAAGCUAAGUAUACUCACAAGUCUGCUCUGUAGUGUUAAGUACAUCCAUAAGAGUCUUUUUGGUUUUUGUUUUGUUUUGUUUUGUUUUUAAUUUCCAAAGGAACCUACAUAUAGAGGGAAAGGAUUGGAUAAGUGCUUAGAUUGAACUGAGUUCUGUAAUCUAAAAAUUACCUUCAGAUUGGAGAAAGACAAUGCCACAUAAGAGUUAACAUCCAUUUUUCCUUUUUGUAGGCUUCAACCCUAGGAGAAAAUGGCAUGCUAUUUAGUAGUUACUUUCCUUUACAGAUGAUUUCUGGCUCUUCUGGAAUUUCAAAGUAAGUAAAUUUGUUUCUGAGAAGGUUGUCUUUAGCCCUUCUGGCUACUAGAUCCUCAGCUCAUUAAUGUUCCACGCCAUCUCCCCAAGGGGAAAACCCCAGAUAAGGUCCAGUUAACAUAUACUUUUCGGUUUGCUGUAUUUCCUUGCUUUCUUGUUUCAUACCUUUGUGAACUUCAUUUCUAGGUAACUGGACCUCUUCAUUCUUUAGUCUGAAAGCCAGACCCUGAGUCUCUGUAAUUAAGCUAUUUGCCCAAUUUAAGAGAUGAACUGUAUCAUUCUCUUGGACUUACAGUUUUAGGAAGUCACAUUAAUUAGUUAAUUACUAAAUUAGUUCACUCUGAGGUCUUAGUAGUAAGUAUGACAGUUAUCCAGAGAUUUGAUCCUUGUUGCAAAACUAGGUUUUCAUCAACCUUUGUGUUAAAGUUUCUCAUUUUUAUCUCAUAUUUGAAAAAUUGCCUCAUCCUACACUAUAAGUACUUUAUAGUCUAUAAUUUCUGUCUUGAAACUGACCAAAUACUGAGUUCAUGUUCUAUUACAGCCAACAGCCACCACAAGAUAAUUCUUUCUUCUUUAAUAAAGGGUGGAUGUCCUGUCUCCCAGUUCAUCUGAAAGGGCACUUUUGCCUCUCUAUAAUAUAAAUUCCCCCUGUGUAAUAACGUUUUUCUAUCUUCCAAUAGCAAUCUUCCUGAAUGCCUCCCAGCUAAUCACUAAGCAGCAUGUUUAGUAUUUUAAUUCUGCAUCCGGAUUGGAAAGGUUGCCAUGAGGUGAAUAACUACAAAAGUUUAGUGUCUCCAGAACUUUCUGUGGCAAGUUGUCUAGGACUUCAUGCAGGUGAGGAGCAGGUAGGCCAAGUCCGUCCUCAGAGGAAGUGUUAGAGGGUACAGCCAUGCCUGUCCAUGAACCGCCAUGGCUGUUUCCCUCUACAGUUGCAGAGUUGAGUAGUUCUGACACAGUGUGUGUGCAACACAAGCUGAAAUACGUUGUUCACUAAUUCCUGCUUACAGCGCCCCUGCCUCAGGGCUCAGGACAAAGCAGAUACUCAUUAGGAGAGAAAGUUUGGCAGGCAGACAGCAGAGGCUGAGAAAGCCCUCAGCCACACCAGAGUUCAAGGAGCAGUGCCAUCCCUCCAUACUGCCGGGAGGAAAAUGAACUAUUUGGAAGAUAACACUACUAAUUAUCAUGGUUCUUUUCCCCUACAUCAUUUUAAAUAUGCCUUUGCUUUUUCACUGAGAUAAAAAUUUACAAAUACUCGGUGUCCACCUCCGUGGAUUUUUAUAUUCCCCUGUAAACGCACCACCCAGGUCAAGGUAGAAAGUAGUUACUCCAGUAGGUGUCCUUUGCCUUUCACACAGAGAGAUAGUCGCUGGUCUGACCCUUAUUGCCUGUCGGUUAGUUUUGCCUGUGUUAAAUCUAUAUCAAGUGUAAUUAUAGACACUCCUGUGUCUUCUGUUCUCUCUGUCUGCUGUAGUAACCAUGUCGUGGAUUGUAACGGCUCAUUUUUCACUGUGUAUGUGUCACAGUCCAUUUGUUGUACUGGUUUACCCAUUCAAUGUUGAUGAAUAUUUGGAUUGUUUCCACUUUGUGGUCAUUAUGAAUAAAAUUGCUAUUAAAA